UCCUCUACUAUUAGUCUACUCAAAUUCUCUGCUGCCUAGCUUAGUUCAUUCUCAAAAACUUUGCUUAAUUUCAUAGUAAGACAUAAAUUUGCUUUUUAGGGUACAAUUAAUUUUCCAUCAAUGGUUCUUCCAUUAAGCUUUUCCUUUUGGGUUUUCCCAGAUUUUCAUCAGCUGAUACAGCCAUGGCAUUUAGCAGCAAAGUCCAUAACUUUCUGCUCUAAUUGCUAGUUUUUUUUUUUUUUUUUGAAUCAAUUAAAUAAUUUCCUUUAAAUUCUAAAACCUCUGGCAGCAGAUAAAAUGGAAGGAGCAUUAUUGCCACCAGGUUUUCGGUUCCAUCCCACAGAUGAAGAGUUGGUAGGGUAUUACCUGAAAAGAAAAAAUGAAGGGCUUGAAAUUGAACUUGAAGUCAUCCCCGUCCUCGAUUUGUACAAGUUUGAUCCUUGGGAGUUGCCAGAGAAGUCUUUCCUUCCGAAACGAGAUAUGGAGUGGUUCUUUUUUUGUCCAAGGGAUCGAAAGUACCCGAAUGGCUCGAGAACGAAUCGAGCCACCAAAGCUGGCUAUUGGAAAGCAACAGGUAAAGACAGGAAAGUGGUGUGUCAACCUGCCGUGACCGGCUAUCGUAAGACCCUGGUUUUCUACCGAGGGCGUGCACCUUUAGGUGAUCGAACCGAUUGGGCUAUGCACGAGUACCGGCUGUCCGAUGAGCCUUCUCUUGGAUCAAGUGCUUUCGCCUUGUGCCGUGUUGUGAAAAGGAAUGAUGGAAAGCCAAAGGAAAUGAGUAUAGGAAGCAGUUCAACAAAUGUGGAGCUUACUUCCAUCACAAGGAACUGUAACGAGCCUUUAAGCACCAUUUCGUGCCAAACAAGUUACCCUAACAACGAGACUCGUUAUUCCGUCGAUACCGAUCCUGCCAGCUUUUGGGCCUCACCUGAUGUAGUUUUUGAUUCUUCAAAGGAUUAUCCACAAACACGUGAAACAGCAGCUCAGUACUUCCCACAGUAUGGGUUCCCAAGCUUAAACCAAAGUCCGUACUCGAAUUUCGGGGAAAGCGAGCAUUUUGAUGAUCUCGGUCGUAUAGGAUGCAUGUCGCCUUAUUCGGGACAUGCAAAUGACAUUCUAUGGCAAUGAAGGCUAUAUAUUAUGGACAGACUGGUUCAUUCAACUCACUGGGUCCAUAGCUCAGUGGUAGAGCAUUUGACUGCAGAUCAAGUUGUCACCGGUUUGAAUCCGGUUGGGCCCUUCUCUCAUGGAUCACGAAGCCCACUGGAAUAAAACUAUCUACCAUUAUUUCUAUUUUAUAAGACAUGUAGUAUAAAAUUUCCAAUCAGAUUGGAGCUUCUUCUAAGCCAAAGCUCAAUUGAGUCACAUUUAUACCAAUAAAAUCAUUUCACAACAAUUUUUGUCAAAUUAAAAUUGCAAAAUAGCCACCAAAUAAAACCUAACGCAGUUGGGUAAUGAGUUUUGUGUGGGGGUGAUAUUUUUUAUUAGGAUAAAUAUUAAAAUAUAUUUUAUCAUUUAUAAAUUUGAUAAUCUAUCGUUCUUGUACACACAUGAUAUUUAUUUGUAUCUUUUGAAUUGGACCCUA